AUGCCGGCUGGACCAACCAAUUUUGCAGAGUUGAAUGCUUCAGGAAGCGCAAGAUCUGGAAUUAUAGUGCUGCCUAGUGGUGCCGGGAAGUCUUUAGUAGGUGUUUCUGCAGCAAGCAGAAUAAAAAAGAGCUGCCUUUGUUUAGCAACAAAUGCUGUCAAAGAAAGAUUCCGCGGAAAUGUCGGUGUGGUGGUGACAACAUAUAACAUGGUUGCUUUUGGUGGCAAACGUUCUGAAGAAUCUGAGAAAAUCAUUGAAGAAAUAAGAAAUAGAGAACGGGGUUUACUACUCAUGGAUGAGGUGCACGUGGUUCCAGCACAUAUGUUUCGAAAGGUCAUUAGUAUCACGAAAUCACACUGCAAACUUGUGCUUACUGGAACUGCCUGCAUUAUUGCCCUUACCGAUCAGGGUCUCCAUGCCAUCAACUUAGGAGAUAGCGGAUUUAUGUUGGUUAGAGAUGGAUCUACUGUUUUCGGAUCCCCAGUGCAGCAGCAUGAUUUCAAUUUUACGUAUCAGCUGGAAAGUGGUAAUGCCGGUGAUUCACCAAGCUCUGGGGAGGUGUUUAAAAUACCUGUUGCUCCAGGAGAUGUCAUCAUUGCUGGAACUGAUGGUUUAUUUGACAAUUUGUACAACAAUGAUAUAAGUGCAGUAGUGGGGCAUGCAACGAGAGCUGGUUUACCACCUCAGGUUGUAGCUCAGAAGAUAGCUGCAUUGGCUCGGCAAAGAGCACAGGAUCAAAAACAGGCAAAUCCCUUCUCUGCUGCAGCGCAAGAAGCUGGUUUUCGUUACCAUGGUGGGAAGUUGGAUGACGUUACUAUGGUUGUGGCUUACAUAACCAGUGAGAAAAAUACACGAAUAUCUCUCCAUCUUAUCUAAUCGCUAUAGCCUUGAUAAUGAGUGCAAUCCUGAGAAGAAUGACUCUCAGCCUCCGAGAAGUGGUGGUCCAAGAGUGGAAUGGCUGGGGGAGACAGAACGUGAAAGUGCCAGAAUUGUGCGGGAAUGGGUUGAGACUGCGGAAAUUGUGAGAAUUGCCCAACCAGAGCAUAUUCGUAGGGAUAUGUUUAGACUGCGUGGGAGGCAGGUCUGCUUGAUUUGCUUAUGAGGAUUGAAAGGGAAAGGCAAAGGGAACUUCAGAGUCUGCUAGAGCAUCGUGCAGUUUCUGAUUUUGCCCAUCACAAUCAGAUUCAGUCACUACUCAGAGGAAGAUUCUUGCAUGAAAGGCCUGCCGAGGAAGAGAGACCACCUUCAAUAGCAGCAAGUGAACUAGUUCAGCUAAGACAAUGUAACACUGUCUCGGGGCUGAGGUAUGUAAUAUAGUGUCUUGUUCCUUUGUUUUGAAUAUUUAGAUCUUUUUGUCUUUGUGAAACAUGCUCUACUAAUUAAUUGGCUUCACGUUCAUGCAUUACUUUUAAAAUGAACAAUACAACUUUUUCUUUUUGAAUUCUAAACAAGCUCCAGCUUAGGUAUGAUACUUUUCAUUAACUCUAAUAAAAUGUCAUAUGUAUCUUACCAUUUAUCUGCACUAUAUUUGGUCACCCCUACACGUACUUAUUUCCAGAAAGUUGCAGGUAAUUUUUGAAGAUAGAUGCUCACAUCGAUGAUAUGAUCAGACUGAUUGAAGGGCAAUAUCCAUAUGUAAUCGAUGCUUCUAACUAUGGAAACAUUUCCUGUUAUAUCAAAAACAGGCACUGUUACAGUUCUCUUGAUUUGAUUUAAUCUCAAUGUUGUUAUAACUGCCUAAAUUUGCA